AUGUUUAGACAAUCAAUACGUCAGUUGGCAACUGCUGCUACUACAACCCCUAUUGCAUCUGCCGCUGUGGCUACCACUGCUGCCGGAACCGCUUCUGCUGCCGCCACUACCAGCAGCGCAUCCACUGCCACUGUUGACGUUGCAGAAUCAACCACUACUACCACAAUUGACGAACCAGUCUUCCACAAUGUCCAACCUGCUAAAUACACCUUAGGUUCCUUACGUGCCUUCCCAUCCCUCAAUCCAUUCACCUUCAUCCCCCUUCCAGCCAAAUUCUUCACCAUGCCAGAAAGAAAAGAUAUAUUAUGGAGUGCAGUAGUAUUUGAAGCCGAUGGUGAGAGAGUUGGAUCAAAUUGGGCACCAACCAAAGGAGACAAAUUAUUUUCAAAUAGAAAAGUAAGACCUCAAAAGGGGACCGGUAGGGCUCGUUUAGGUGAUGCAAAUUCACCCCAUUUGUAUAAUGCCAUCAAGGCGCAUGUAAUCCAAGCUCCACAUGAUUGGUCAACUGAAUUGCCGGACAAGAUUUAUUCCAAAGCCUGGUCUAGUGCGUUUAGUGAACAAUAUAAGGCUGGGAAUUUAUUUAUUAUUGGUGCUGAUCCUGAAGGAAAGGUUCAAUCAGAUAGAAAAGGGGAUGGAUCGAUUGUUGAUUUUAAUGUUUGUGAUCCAUUGGUUUAUGAUAAAUUUGCGAAGAGCCAUAAUGUAAAGGGAAAGGGGUUGUUGUUUAUUACUAAUUCUAAGAGAGAUAACUUGAGUCAGAGUGCCAAAGAAAGAGAUAGUAAGAAGUUUAUUGUAAAGACUAAAGAAGAUGUAGAUGUUAGAGAUAUCUUAAAGGCUAAUCGUAUCUAUGUUGAAUUACCAGCUUUACAAUGGAUCAUAGGUAAACAUACAGUCUAG